UACGACUACCGCCACCAGCCUCAAUCAAUGGACAGGCAUGGAUGGGAGUGCUGCUGCUGCUGCUAUGGACGGAGCAACCGGCUCAGCCUGCGACUGCUGCAGCGUGUGUCUGAGCAGUAUCCAAGACGCUCAGACCACCACGAUUGACAAUGAUGACAAUCUCAAUCUCAAUACAUUCGCAGCUGCCGCCGUCGUCGAGCCCCAGGACGCCUGCACGCCCGAUGACAAUGGAAACCAGCCAAAGCCGUGGAAUAUCAUACGCAUCGGGUUUCUCAACGCUGUGACUGGCCAACUGUCCCAGGUUGCGCGCGACUUUGGCGUCGCCAUCGACCUCGCCAUUGCGCGGAUACGGUCGGACGGGAUUCUGCUGCCCAAGCAUGAAAUUGUGCUCGCGACCCGCGACACGCGACUCUCGCAGGCCGAGGGCAUCGCCGAGGCGCUCGACCUGGCUGCCAAUUUUGGUGCAGACGCGGUCCUUGGUGCAAUCGCCUCGUCCGUGUCCAAGGCUUCGCAGCUCGUGUUGCUCAACUUUGGCAUCCCGCAGCUGAGCUUCUCGUCCACGGCGCCCGAGCUGAGCAACCAAGCCGACUUUCCGUUCUUUGUGCGAAACGUGCCGUCCGAUGCGCUUCAAGGAGCCGUCAUGGUCCAGCUUGUCCACAGCUUGGGAUGGACGCAGUUUGCCAUUAUUGCCACCGAUGACAUUUAUGGUCGCGCCGGCGCAGACCAGGUUGUCACCACGGCCAACCAAUUCGGCAUGUCCGUUCUCGCACGCCAAGACUACAGCACGGGCUCUGGCGUUCGUCCCACUCGGCAAAUCCAAAUCCUCAAGGACUCUGGUGCACGCAUUUUCCUGUACUUUGGCCUCGUGGAAGACGCCCUGCUCAUUUUUGCCGAGGCCAUGCAACAGGGACUGUUUGGGCCAGAGUACGCUUGGGUCGUGUGCGAGGGCGUGCUGCCAAUGCGCCCAGAUGCAGAUUACUGCUCCAAUCUGGCGGCGAGCGACGUUGCGACCAUCUGCCAACCGUGCUACUCGAGUUCCCUGAACUGCGAUGCGCAAGUCAACCUCACCGGAUCUGGGGCCAUGCCCAGCGUGUCGUGCUCCCAGAUCGACCUGGAGUGCAAGUUCAAACGCCGGCUUGGGCAAGAGAGCGACAUUGUGGCCUUGUACAAUGCCAUGCGCGGCCUCAUUGGAUUCCGCCCGCGCCAGGGCGAUGGUCCGCUCUACGACGAGUUUCUCGAAACGUGGCGAAAUCUGUCAAUCACCAACAGCUCGCUGGGCAUCGGAGCCACGCCCGGCGACUAUUCGUCAUUUGCCUACGACGCCGUUUUCAUGUACGCCCGAGUGUUUGAUGCCAUCAUUCGAAACCGACAAAUCGUUACGCCAAACGCUACCGUGGUUGGCUCGGUUGACGGCGCCUUGAUUUUGGACAUGCUGCGUCAAACGCACUUUGAGGGCGUGACGGGCCUCAUUUCCUUCGACGCGAACGGAGACCGCAUUGCCGUGUACGAAUUUUUCAACUGGGUCGCCACGAACAAUUCGCACGCCUUUGUUCUGCGCGGACUGAUCACGCCGCUGCCCUAUGAUCUUCUCGAUACCAACAACUUUGGCAUUGAGUUUGUCGCGCCAAACGGCUCCAUGUCAGCCGACAAUCCGUCGACCCUCACGUUCUAUGACGACCUUUCCGUCCUGCCUCGCGACUACGCUUGCUCGUCCAUGUGCCAGUCCGCGACACAAUGCAGCGGGCCGGGCCCCGACGCAUGCUCAUCCUGCGCUCAAAUGGUCUUCAACGGCACGUGUGUGCGCGAGUGCCCCAAUUUCACCUUCCUGCGCGAGUACACUGCCCAGCCUCCGCCGCUACCACCAGGUGGCCGCUUCUCGUCGGUGACAUCCAGCCUCACAGGCAGUACACCAACUCCUUCACCCGUAUCAACGAUUGUAUUGGAGUGUGUCCUUUGCGAUCCCAACUGCGACCACGGGUGCUUUGGAGCAGGCCCCUCCAAGUGCAGUCGCUGUCGUGAUUUGAGCUACGGCGGUGCCUGUGUCGCUGCCUGUCCAGUCGGCACGAUCAUCUCCUCCACGCGAUCCUGCACCACCGUCUACGACUACAACACACAGCUGCGCAUCGCGUUCCAGACCAUCGCAGCGCUGCUCAUUGCCAUGUGCUUGCUGACCUUCUACCUCGUCUAUGCGUUCCGCGACAUGAAAGUGGUCCUUUCCGGCAAUCCUCUGUUCUUGCGAAUUAUUCUUGUCGGCGCCGUGAUCGAGCUGGCCUCCGUGUUUGUCGUGGCAGCCGAGCAUGUCAGCGACGAAUUGUGCAGCGCACGCGUGUGGACGCAGCACCUCGGAUUUGCCAUCAUGUUUACCGCGCUGUUCUGCAAGACCUACCAAGUUGCCCGCGUCUACCGCGUCAAAGUGGAUCGACGGGCGACGGUGACCACGCGCGCCCUCUUCAAAAUAUUCGCGCAGUUUCUUGCCUUCUUUGUCGGCUACUUGAUUGUGUUUACGAUUGUGGAUCCGUCCCGCCCAGAGUCCUAUCUGAUCCGUGGCGACACAAUCCAGUACAACGGUUGCUCCCGAAACUGGUGGCUGUAUUCGCUUCUCUUGUUCGAGUUGCUGUUCAUGGGCAUCGGCGUGUUUCUCGCGUGGACGGUGCGCAAGGCACCUUCGGCCUGGAAUGAAUCUCGUCACGUCGUGCUAUCCGUGUACAACUUUAUGUUUGUGACGGUCGUGAUUGAGGUCCUGCUCAUCGCUGCCUCGCUGGAGCCAGACGUCCAGUUUGUGCUGCAAUCCCUGCAAAUCUUCUUCACCGUGCCAGUCGUGGUUGUCUUGAUCUUUGGUCCCAAGCUGCGGAUGGUCUAUCGCGGCAAAGGAAACGUCGUGUUGUCACAGGCACAGGAGAACAAUCUGCUCAAUGUGAUGAAGCGGCAACGACAGCAACGCCUUCGUCAGCGCACGCUUCAACGACUGCAAGAGGAGCUUUUGCUUGAGCAGCAGCACCAACAGCAUGUGCACCAGCAGCACCUGGCCCAGCAGCUGGCCGCACAGCAGCAGUCUGGCGAGGACGAAAACAUCCACUACGUGACGAUGAUUGAGAAUUCGGACAUGCAGACUGCGUCCUUGAACGUGCCGCACUUUGUUUCGUCCAAACAGGAAUCGUCGCACAAUUCGAACGGCCAAGUGUCGGCAGUUCAGCAGGACGAUUCCGACCCGGCGCGCGCCUCGCUCGAUGGACCUCCACCCAGUGGCGGUCGGGCUGGCAAGAUCCGUCGAAACAGCUCCUCUGUGUCGCGUCUUUCCAUUGCUGGAGCGUCGCAUGUACCCUUUACGCUGGCUGCCAGUCAGUCCUCGCUAGCCCAGCUGCAGGCCAUCGUUGCCCGGGUUGCCGCACAAGAAGAUCUGAACGACGACGAUGACGACGAUACCGACGAUGAGAUUCUCGGAGCCGAGGGCCAAGGAGUGGGCAUGAAUCGUCUUGCCAGCCAGAGGCUUCAAAUUCGCGCGUUGGACUCGUCCGACGCCGACGGCAUGCUCAGUGAGGACCAGUUGCCCAUUGACGCCAUUUUGAAUGCCCUUCGAGACAAGGAGCGCGAGCAACAAGAGAUCCAGCUCCAGGCUCGGGCCCAAGCGCAAGAGGGCAAGCAACGCACUGCCUAUCGCCGCUCCAACUCGCAGAGCAAUGUGCCCAUUCUGCAGCCGGCCACCAAGCCACCCACGCGACUCACAGGUUCGCUUUCUGCCGCGACUGGGCAGCUCGCCGUACACUUGCAGCAACAGCAACAGCAACAGCAACAGCAGCCGCAGUACUCGCCCGUUGCCUCUCCACUCCCGUCGGAUCCGCCUUCUGGCAGGAAUGCCAGCAGUCCAUCUGCCAAAGCGCCCCCACCGACAAACUCGCAUAUUGACGUUGAGCGCGGGGUGCCGCUCCAAUCGUCUGGGAGCCCGCGCAGAGGCCCUCCAGCAUGGUCCUUAUUCGAGCGCUCGAAUGCGACUUCGCCCACCAUUGCGGGGCAAGAUUCGACCUUGUCGCGCUCUUCGUUGUCGCGGUCCUCUUCUUCCGAUUCCGCAGGCACCAUCCAUGUUGCCUUGUCGACCGUCCCAUCCUUUGCGCGCCGAUCAAAGCCCCCAGCCAACCUGGGCUUGAACGGCAUGACAGUAGACUUGGAUUAUUCGGCAAUCGCUAUGGCUCAGCGCAUCCAGCACCUCGAGCUUCAAAACAGCCAAUUAAAGACGGAACUUGACCGCUUGCACAGCUUGGCUCCUUCCGCGAGUGCAAGUUCCAAUGGCGGCUUUGUCACUGCAGCCGAGGCUGGUGUUCGAUUUUCCCCACCCACGGCGGCACCCCCGUUGCUAGCAGGCACUGUAGACACCACCUUGCUCGCCGCGUCUCCUGCAUUGAGUACAAACAAUGUGCCCAUUGCAAGCGAGCAGCGGCCCCACGGCGGCGCUGAAGCUCGCCGCGCUUUUCAACAAAAGAGCGCCAAGUCUGCCGCCAUGCCGUCUCCGCAGUCCAUGAAUUCCGAGCAAGAUCCGCCCUCUUCUACUGACGACUUGUUUGGUGAAACCUCCUGUUGAAAUAAUGUUUGGUGUUUUUUUUUUUUUCCCUUUUGCUUUUGUUUAUUUUUCCUUUUGAGCUCUUUUUCGUUCGUUUGCAUUCUCGCUUUGCUUGUUCAUCAUUAUCCACUG